CCUCACCAUUUUGGUCCCCAUUGGAGGUCUUUUGGGGGUGUAUCUCUGGGGCUGCCUGGCAGACACAUAUGGCAGAAAAUCCGCCCUCUUAAUUAGCAACGGAUUUAGUAUUUUUUCGUCCGCCGUCUUGUGUUUUGAUAAAAUAUUCGAGCGCUUUGAAUUCAGCAUCUUUGCCCGUUUUUUUGUAGGAAUGGGGUCAGGAACACUUAUUUACUCUUCCCCUCUCUACAUCCUUGAAAUCUCUUCCUUGAAUAUGAGGGGAGCCUUGGUGACCACUUUGUUCCUCUUCUUCAUGUGGGGAUACCUUCUGGUCCAAAUCUUAACCAGUCCCUGGAUCUGGGGAAAUGAAGAAAAUUUUUCAUUAUUAGUGGGUGUUACAGCCAUAUUUGCCAUAAUUAGUAGUAUAUUUUUGGUGCCAUCUCCGGAAAGUCCGAGGUUUCUGUUCUUGCAGAGGAAUGACCAAGAGAAAGCAAGACAAGUUUUGAAGAAGCUGAGAGGGAAAGAAGACGUGGAGGAUGAGAUGUUAGAACUUUAUCAAGAACACCUUGCCGAAAGCAACCAGAAGAACAUGACAGUGUGGAAACUUCUUCGCUUCGGCAGCCUCCGGUGGCAUCUCAUCACCGUUGUGGUCUUGGUCUCCGGAAGUCGAUUUAUCCAAACAAAUGCGGUUAGGGACUUCCCCGAGUAA